AUUCCACUUUAUUUAUGUUUAAUAAAAGCAGAGGAUUUUUUCUUGGUUUUUUACUCGGUUAACUAACUUGCAACCAUUUUUGAACCAAGGGGUUCUUUUAAAAUCCUUUAUCAACAUCUUUAUCUGAUUGCAAAGUCAUCCAGAAACACCAUAUCAGAGGUUUUCCCACCACAAAUAAACACAUUUUUAUUUAAAAAAAACAGCUCCUAUCAGAUGCAGCAGAGCCACGACAUGUUAAAGAUCAGUACAUCUUGUGUUGUGCAACAUAAAUAUUUCCAUCUAGCAUGAAGCCUGCCUUAGAUCUGGAGUCUGUUUUCAGCACAGCUUCACACAGCCUCAGAGAGAAAUGGGGGACAGUGGACAUGCAUGUUUCAAUUAAUAAAAAUAGCUUCUAGUUGUGCUCUGUGGUGAAGCCAAAUGAUCAGAAGCGAAGAGAUAUUUUUGAUAGCAAAACCCAAAUGUAUCUGAAACGCUUGUUAUCACUUUGAGAUGACCAGUUGAGAGCGGGCUGCACUCAGCCUGAAGAAGUUAACCAAAUACUGAGUUUUGCUUUUAUUGCUUCUUGCUGCUGGAACGUGGUGAUGAAGCUCUCGAGAUGUUAGAGGAAACAGAAACAACAAACAGUGGAAUGCAUUUGUCUCAGAUAUUUUAAUGAAAGGAUAUCUCAAUAAUUAAAAGCAGGACGUUUCAUGCAAAGCGUUGGGUUAAAUGCUGUUGGCUGCAGGCUGAGGAACUCAAAAUCUACACAAUCAGAAACGUGAAAGGAAACCGUGGGCCUCGGUUUUCAGAGCUUAUCUUAGAAUCACUGCACCCAGCCCUCCUUCUGUUGAUGCACUUCACGUUGCACAACCUUCUUUAAGUUCCUGCAGCACAGCAGACGACGGAGGGUCUGCUUAUUUGUGAAAUCAGAAAGGGGGCAUCACCAUUAAUUAGGUCUUGGGUUGCCUAAAGAUGCAUGGAACAUAAACUCUGCUAAAAGCUGGGGUCUUUUUAUUAUUUAUUUACUUACUUACAUCUUUUUAAUUUUAGAUAUAUAUUUUUUUAUUUAUGUAUUGCUUUUUUAUUUUGAAAAAUAAAAUAAUAAAGUUUUGUUAAUUAGAAAGCUGCUAAUUCUACAGAAAGAAAUCUAAACACUUUAAUGUAGCCAAAGUGAGGAUUGUUGAUUAAAGGACACCCAAACAGUAGUUUUAUAUGAACAUGGUUGUAUUUUCUGACACAAAAAGUAUUUUAUGUGAUCUGCUCUUUGUAAAAUUUCCUGCUUUGCAGAUUUAAUUCAGCUGACGGUGAAAAUCGAAACACAGCAGCCAUGCUGGUCAUACAGUGCAGUAAAUGUUAUUUUGUGACACAUUUAAUUUCAUCUUUGCAUCUUUCCUUUCUUCUUCCAGUGUUAACAGGCUGGUGGUGCACAUACAGAGAAGCUGGUCACCGCCCACUCUCAGUCUGCAUUAAAGGUUUUGGUGCCGACAUCUGAGAGCACAGUAACCUGUGAUUUCUGCAGGGUGGGGUAGAGCUGAGGUGAUGUCUGAUGAUGAACCGCUGUCCUUCCCUGCAGCUGCAGCUGCUGCCGCUGAUCCUGCUUCACUUCAAGUCUGCCAGCACAACAUGGCUGCAAGGAGAUCCAGCGGAUUAUAAUCUGGAGUGUGUAAAUGAUUAUCUGUUCACCAUCAACUGCUCCCUCAACAUCAACUCUUCAGUCAGCAACAAGACCUUCUGGCUCGCCAUCACACACACCAUGGACCGGAGGGAGUAUAAGUGUCUGCUGACAAACACCACGGCCGUUUUUUUCUGUUCCAUCGACAGAUCUUUGAUGCCUGAUGACGACUACACAGGAACAUUUACAGACUUAGAUGUAUACGAAAUUUCUUUGUGUCAGAGCCAAGAUAAUAAAGCUGAAACCUGUGAGUUACUGGAGGAAGAAUACAUGCCUGUGUUACACAUUAAGCCGAACGCCCCUUGCUGCCUCACAAUUAGCCACAACUCAAGCCGACACCAUUUCACUUGGAAAAGCACCUACGAGAAGCACAGCUCUGAGACGUACCUGGCAGAAAACCUGAUGUAUCAGCUGCAGAUCCACCAAACAGGAGGCAAACGCAGGCUAAGAACAAACAACAUUAACAGAAACAGCAGAACGCACUCCGUGGAAGAUGAGAAUUUUGAGCCGGACACAGAGUAUGCUGCCAAAGUCCGGUCCAGUCCAAACAUGGGUCACUACAAAGGCCAAUGGAGCGACUGGUCUUCUGAAGUUCUCUGGAGGACAGACGGUGAACUUGUUUGGCCAACUGUUCCAGUAAAUGGAUUUAUUUACAAUCUGCCCAUGGUGUUCGUCAUUUUAUGUGCAGUGGUGGUACUUCUUCUAGUCUGCUAUGGUUCUGCGAGAAAGUGGGAGCACAGUACCUUCAUCCCAACGCCUGCUCCUUAUUUCCACACCUUGUACAAAGACUGCCAGGGGGAUUUUAAGAGCUGGGUCGUUACGCAAGAAAACCCAGCAGACGUGUUGAAAGCAGAGGAAGACCUCCACAUCGACAUCCUGAUAGAGUGUGUAGAGGUCCAGGACUACGAGUAUCCAGCCACGUUCCCUCAGCAGCUCAUGGAGAACAGAGCUUACAGCAACAUCCCAUCAUCAGUGUUCGAUGCUGACCUCCUCAGCAUGCAGCACCCAGACGGCAGCACCAUGGUUCAGCUGCUGGACCAGAGGAGGUCGGUAAGAAGUCUGCCUGGGUGCUGCAAGUCACGCAGUCCUGUUCAGGACUCUGGGUGCUGGCUCUGCAGCGACACGUCCCUGGAGAAGGAGCCUUCCUGGUACUGCAACGAGUACUGCACCCUGAGCUGCCUCCAGCAGGAUGGCUGUGUCGCACCAGGGCACCACGGAAACCUGAAGACCCACCCUGCUUCACAGAGAUGAUCAAUUCAGAUGCUGCAAUGGAAGCAUAAACUUAUCAUUUUUAUAGAAAGUGGAGGGAAUUUAGAGCUCAGUAUACAGACCCUGAAAAAGUAUGCACACUUCAACGUUUUCACAUAUUGUCAUGUUAGAUCGUUUAUAUUCAGCCCCCAGGAGUCAAUAUUUCACAGAACUGCCUCUCACUGCACUUACAGCUGAAAGCAUUUCGGUGUUUGUCUCCAUCCCCUUCACCCAUUCUUCUCUGAAAAAUAGCUUGAGUUCAGCCAGAAGUUUUAGUUCCUACCAAAGAUUCUCAGUUGGAUUGAGGUCUGGACUUUGACUAGGCCAUUCUAACAUGUAAAUAUGCUUUGAUCUAAACCAUCCUAUUGUAUCUCUGGCUGAAUAUUAAGGUGGUUGUCCUGCUGGGAUGGUGAACCUCCACCCCAGGACUGUCCUGGAUUUAUCUCAAUCCAUCUUCCCAUCAAGCUGACCAGCUCCUCUAAAGAAAACCAUUCCUCACUAUGAUGCUGCUACCACCAUGUUUCACAGUGGUGAUGGUGUUAUUUCUGGUUUUUCUACCACCCAUGUUUUGCAUGUAGGCCUUAAAACUUAAUCACGGUCUUGUUCUUGUGUCCACCUACGUGGCUUUCUUCUUCGUGGUGUGCACGAUUAAUAGUUUUCCUGUCAACAGAUUCUUCCACCUGAGCUGUGGAUCUCUGUAGCUCCUCCAGAGUUACCAUGGUCCUCUUGGCUGAUUCUGAUUAACGUUCUUUCCCAGCCUGUCAGUUUAGGUGGACAUCCACAUCUUGGUAGGUCUGCAGUUGAUCCAUCCUCUGUGUUCAGAUGGAUUGAUCAGAGCUCUGGGAGAGGUUCAAAGCUUGGGAUGCAGUUGUAGAACCUAACCCUGCUUUAAACUGAACCAGAACUUUAUCCCCAUCCUUGGUCUUCAAAUGGGUUCAACUGGACUAUUUUUUUAGAGGCAUCAAAUCAAAGGGGAUAUUUAUACAGAUGUUGCAAACCAGAUGUUUUUCAUCCCACAUCAACCAUUAAUUACUUUGUUUUGGUCAAAAUCCCAAUAAAAUAAAAUGUGUGGUUUUAAUGACAAAAUGUGAAAAUGUUCAAGCUUUUGCAAGGAUCUGUAAAAUUAUUCACGCAUUCUUUCGCAAUCCAACAUGUAGCAUCACUAAAUGCAUAAUAAAGCUCUUCUACUGUGUGACUAUAUGGAGCCAAUUAAGCUCUGAUUGCAUGAAUAAAGUAAUAAGCAACAGCAA